GUUUAAAAAAAACCCACCAUUUUGGAUCCCAAACGAAGCUCGUCUUGUCUUGGGAACGUCUCUCUCCAGCACUUCUGAUCUGUCCCAUCAUGCGCUGGAUCGGUUUAAUCCUGGCAGUUUUGGCUUUCGCUGCCAACUUCUCACCCUCAGAAACCAUCCACAUAGCUCAAUUCCCACCCUACCCCCGUUUGGGGAAACCGGUCCUCCUAUUUUUAGAUGACAACCGAGCUCCUACCACCUGCAACUGGUUCCGAGGGAGAGACCCAAGCGAGGAAAGUCACAUCUUCAGAGCGGAUUUUGAUUCCACCGAGGGAGUCCAUAGGAUCAACCAAACGGGGGCAGCCUACACGGGACGGGAAGAUCUGGCGAGAGGAUGCUCCUUAAUCAUCCGAAAAGUGCGGCCCUCGGAUGCUGGCCCUUACACCGUCUCCAUGAUGGGACUGGGCGGAAGUGGUGCCGUUACUGGAGUGAGAAACCUGCAAGUUUAUUAUUCGCCUUUCUCCUUCCACCCCGAAGGCUCCCGCGUGGUCCAAUUCCCACCGAAUCCACGGGUUGGCCAAUCAGUCUACCUAUACUUAGACGAUAUCCAAAAUCCUUCCGAGUGCAGCUGGUUCCGCGGGAAGGAACAGCGUGAGGAAGGACGGAUCUUCAGUGCGAAAUUUAGUGGAAUCAACAGACCCUAUCUCAUCGAUCUAAAAGGAGCAGCUCACAGAGGACGGGAAGAGGUGUGGAGAGCAUGCUCCUUAGUCAUCCGAAAGGUGCAGGCCUCAGAUUCUGGGCCUUACAUGGUCUCCAUGUGGGAUGAGUGGGACACCCGUCCCAUAACUGCGGAGAGAGAGUUGCGAGUUUCCUCCUAAAGAUGCUUGGAAGCUGCUUCUGUCCAUUUGGUCGUCUUGAUCUUUGGAUGAGAAACAAAGGAGCUGCAGUUCGUCAGCCAUGGGGGAUUCCCAGAAGGCAUCAGCCAUUCACUUUCUCUGUGUUCCCUUCCUCGCUUCUUCCCUUCACCCACAACAACCAUUAAAUUUUUUUUCUGGCAAAACG